AUGCCUCCAAUGUUGAGAUGGUUGGGUGAAAGACUUGGUGGAGCUCCAUCAUCACCAACAUCCGCUUCACCAUCAAUCCCUUCCACGAAUAGCAGCGCUUAUUCAACACCGAGAAAAGAGGGCGAUUGGUCAGCCGCAUUCGCCUCGGAUCCCACACAAUGGGAACGCUCUUUUGAGCAACUUUGGAUAAAAGCGGAAAAAUGCAUUGAGAAAAUGGAAAACGAUCAAGAACACGAGAUUUCUUAUGAAGAAAUUACAACGUAUGUGAGCACAUUGAAAGAAAUGUGUCAAUUGUUGAUGAUGGAGGUGAAUGCACAACCCGAGCCCGCCAUUGGACCAAUUCUUGAUCGAUUUUUCACGCAACAAAUUUUUGAACGAACAAUGGAUUGGGCUAUUCAGGUGCCGAUCACAUAUCGAUCAGUUUGUCAGUUGGCUCUCAUUCGAAUCUAUGACUUGAUCGUGAGUGAAAGUCAUACUCAGAAUCAUUGCCUCCUCGUUCACAAGCCUAUUUUAAUCCCAUUGUUGAGACUCUUUGAAUGGUGUCGAAAAGACACAGGAGCUCGGCAAAGAGCUCGCGGCGCUGAGCCUUCUCCAACUGAUAAACACUUCGUUUUGCUUUUAUAUCAGAUCUGCACAAAAAUGGCUGGCGAUCCAACUCUUUUGCACUUUUUCUUCACUUGUGCCUAUGGUGCUGAUCAAUUCGUCGUCUUUUCCCUUCUCAUCAGAUUUCUCUACGAUCAAAAUGAUGUGGGUCAAUUGGCAAGAGAUGCACUCUUGCUCAUUCUAUCAGUGUCCUCGAAGAACAAGACUGUUGCAGAAUUUGUGGCAUUUAAGUCGUCUUUCUGCCCAGUGCUGGCCACGGGACUCUCCGGGUGUUUCUCGCAGUUGAGUCGUUUCUUGAGCACUGAUGAAAUCGAUCGCUCAUCAACGAGUCCCUUGUAUCAACAAUCACAAAAUGUCAUUGACAUAGCCGCUCAAGAGGCUUUAACCGAUUUUCACUCGAGUCUCCUCUUUUGCAAUGCAGUUGUACAGGCUGCUCAUCCAGCUGUCAUCGAGAAAAUCGCACAGUUUUUCUAUUCUGGUUUUUUAAUGUCCGUUGUGAGGCCGGCUUUGUUACAGGAAGAACGAGAGGGAGCUGCUGCGGCGACUGUUUACUUGCAAAUUUGUCUCUCAACAGUCACCGAAGAACCCCUGCUACGAACGAUUAUCCGAAUGCUGCUUAUUGAAAGAGAUGAUGAAGAUGUUCAGCCGAUUAUUCAAAUCAUCAUUUCUAGGAUUCAAAUAGCUGAUCGACUAGGCACCGUUUCUCUAGCGUUGAUUGAUGAUUUGAUUCAAUUGGGUUGUGAGGAUGUGAUGCUUGUGCUAACGUUUAGACAUUUAUUACCAUUGAGGCAUUCAACGCGUGCUUUUCUUUCCCGAGUCCGUGAUCGUCUUCAAGCGAUCAAAUUGGCGGAAAGGCUUUUAGCCUGCGUGCCGCAAUGUGCGUCAAAAUAUGAAGAACUUGCUUCUCAAGUGGCACUGAAUUUGUAUCUACGAGAAGGGGCAACAAUGGUUCAAAAGCGGGUCGCCUCGUGCGCCAAAUGGAAAUGGAAAUAUGAUGGAGUUCAACCAAGUCCGCUUCUAUUUCGAACUGAUUCCGAUGAAGAGCCGUCAAAUUAUUCGGGAUUCACUCGACUUUCCUCUGUUCGCUCUUCAAUGUCCUCAUCAGCAAGGGGAAUCAAUCGAUAUUUCUCUUCGAAAAGUGCACAUAUGACAGCGGAAAGUGGCUUUGAGGGAAAGCUAGCCUCGUUGGGUGGCUCGGCCGAUGGAUCCCCGAGAGUCAGCCGAUCACCAUCGCCUGUCGUUGAAGAUUCGGAAUUCAUCCUACCACCGAUCACAAUGAGCUCAAAAAUGACCUCAUCAAUGGUUGAUUAUUUUCAAUUGGUUGUUUAUGAUGACCUUUCUGAUGAUCCUCCUUCAUCCCCUGAACGACACAAAAGUAAUUCUGAUGAGAAUUCGUUUUCGAAAACGAAUAGAGGAUCACCAAAAGAUGAAAGAUCCGAAGCCGAAUCUUCAGCACGAGGCUUUGAUACAGAUGCUGAAAUGGCUCGUUCAUUUGUGCUUUCUGGUUUUGGGGAAGUUGAGGACUUGGAUACUUUCAUGAGUCUACUUGAUCGUCGCUCGAUUAACCCAAAGAGAAUGGCUGGUGUGCCUGAAAAUUUAGCCUUUAUCGAUAGCAAGAUUCAAUAUAUGAGAGAAUUGGCCGGA